GUUAAAAAUGUAGUAAAUGAACUAAGGACUAUUUCUGCCCUGUCCGGGAACAGCCCUUUCGUGUCGAUUGUGAUGUGUCCUGAAAUUCUCUGUUUCCUUAGAUACUACUUUUAAAAUUGAUAAACAUUGUUAUUUAAAUAUGCUCGCAAAGUUUUGCAUUCACAACAUUCAGUGGCGGUUCUACAUUGAAUCACUCCCCGGGCGAGAUCCGCUCUGGGUGCCCCCCCAUCUCCUCCCACCCAUCCGAGAGAAAAAAAGCCAUGUUUUACCAUAACUAUAUAAGUGUAAGACGAACCUUAUAUUUCUCAAUUGCACAAAUCCUUCAACAGAACAUUUUAAAAACACAAUUCUGCACAAAUCAGUAUAAGUUAUCAGAACUUAAAUAUACUCUAUGUACAUAAAUGUUGCAACAUAUGUACAUGAUGUACAUAUGUAUCAUGAUGUAACACGACCAGAGAACAACAACAUUAAAAUAUUAAGAAUAAUAUACAAAUAAAAUAUAGAAAAAAUAUUCUAAAUAGCACAAAUCCUUCAUCACACAAAAGCAAAUCUAAUUAUUACACUAUUGCACUAAGAACAGAAAACACAAACUAAAACCUGACCUUUCUGGCCUUCCUUAAUGCAAAAUCAUCAAUAAUGUCAUCAUACGAAAUCUGCCCCCUAUUGAGUUAUUGAUACUGAUGAUAGGAAGGCCAGUGAGCUGUUCUUGAGACAUGGUUGACCUCAGGUAUGACUUGAUCAACUUUUGAAAAGCUCCUCUCUGCUUGAGCCACAGUGACUGGCAGAGUAAGUGCAAUCCUGACAGCAGUCCAAAAGUUGGGGUAGAUCUCUGAUAGAUCCUUAUCAUGCAUAAAAGUGAUAAAAUUCAAGGAGGCUGAUGGUUUUUGAUGGCUGACCAGUGACAGAGGAUUCUCCAAAAUACUUUAGAAGUGCCCAUGAAUUUGCAAUUGAAAUUGACAUCAAAAGACAGUAGGCUACAGUAUAACUCUUAUGAAUUGCAAAUUUAAAUAAACAUGCCCUUACAUGCCAAAUGUCUGUCAUGACUCAUUAGACGCUUUAUUAAUCUAAUCUAAGGGAGGAACAAUUAGCUCCUUGGUUACUGCCUCAAAUUAUAUUCUUUGUCACGCAACAGAGUUAUAGCAAAUGUUUGCCUUUGAACACAUCCAGACAUAUGUUAAUUUCGUUGGCUAAUUACAGGGCCCAACAUUAACCCCAAUGAUGGAAAUAAAUAAUAACUUUACUUGUAACAGUUUUGUUGCAAAGCACAAUCUUAUGGUGAAAUUAGAUCUCGUGUUUGUUGAGUUAAGACCGAAUUAUUGUUGUAUAAGCAUCAUAGCAAGAAGGCUAACAAACGUAAGAGUUAACGUUACCACCCAUUAACAUUAGCCCUUCAUUGAUGAUGGAUAACGUCACCGUAAUCAUACAGAGAGAACGUAGUUACAUACCUUUAUCUUUUGCUCCUUUCUCCGCUUCUACUUUGAUUUUUUCUUAUAUUGGGCACCUGACGGCUUAAACCUUUUUCUCUCCAUCGCUUUCAUGUUUAUCUGGCACUCGACAAUCAAGACUAAACCACUUCACCUCCACAUAAUCGUUUUGGAUUAACUUUUUUUAUUAGCCAUUUCACACACAAUGCAGAAAAAAAACGUGGAAAAAUAGGCCUGUGCUUUAAAAUUAUGAAUGAAAUGUGCGUUAUUUAGAAGAAAGUCAAGGUGUGACUGAUUUUAGCCCACUAAAUGGGCCCCCCUCCUUGUCCGCUCCAUUUGGGAGAGGUGAACUGUCCAUCAGGGGAUCAGCCCCUCCCCUUUACAGUUUUCACACAGCUUCUGCGCUUCUCAGCAAGCAGGGGCGGCGAUUUGCCAAUUCCCCACACAGACAGUUAUAUUAUACAUAAUAGAAACCUGCUUUGCGGCGCGGAUUAUUUUUCUUUUUCAAGUGCUUGUGCCGCCCCCCACGUGUCGUGAAAAUUUGGCGCCCCGGGCGGCUGCCCGGUUCGCCCGUGCCUAAAACCGCCACUGACAACAUUAGAAAUCGGUCUAGAUAUGUCCAAAUAGAUUUAACAUACGCAUCGUGCUUUAUGGGAAACACAGAACAGCACGCGCCUCCCGCGUUUGCAGCUCCGAACAGAACGCGCGCGCGCAACACAACUGCGACAGGACCGAAUGUUUCUCUAAAACGCGACGUUACAGUGAGAGAUUCUCCUCAGAUCUCUGGGAAAUGAGACUCAGAAACAGAAGUGUGGUCUUCCAACUCGUUCGUUUAUUUCCUCCAAGCAUACGGUUUUAUAGACAGCACAAUGAGUGAAUGUGUUACGAACUAAAGCACUCAUAUCAAGAUUACAAUUUAAUGCCAUAUAGGUAAGAGCAUAACAGUUCCAAUGCUAUGCAACAACGUAUAUGUCGUUCAAGUAUAUAUCAAAAACACAUUAGCCCGUAACGAGUCUUGUCCAUGUCCAUUAGUGCGGGGAAUUAAAUAAUCUAACACAACAUGUGCCAUUUUCCGAGGACACAUCCUACCUGGCGUUUAGGCUGCGUCCUCCAGAAAAUAUCAUGGUCAUCGUUUUAAUGAUGAUAAAAAAGUACACACACGCACAGAAUUGUGAGAAUUCAUUAGAAUUGUGAUGUUUGUUAAACAUCUUCCUCAAACUAAUGUUGAGUAUCCACACUAGACAAAAUCUCACUUUACAUUUGAUUGGAAAUGCUUGCUCUACAUGGUUAAAUAUGUGAGUGUGUGUGUGAGAGAAUUUCUGAAGUACAUGAAACGCACGUACUGUAGGUGGCGAUAUGCACCUAAACAUGUUGGUUGCGAACCGCCAGUAAAAGAAAAGAAGGAAAUGUUACUUUCUGGUAACACAUUGAUCUGCCAUUGGGGCAUUCAUUUCUUUUUACUGGGAUUUGUUCACGUCGAUUAACUGAGUUCAGUCAGAAACAACAUGAAUGCAUUCGAGUGUCGCGUUGCUGCGCUCGUGCGAUUGUGUCCGCACCUCUACGAUCGCGCGCGUCGAGAUUUUACAGAUCCGGAGGAGGCGUUUAAUUCAUGGAAGGAUAUUGCAGCCAAAGUCGGUGUCGACGACCCGAAGACAUGCAAAGCGACGUGGAAAAACACCCGAGACAAGCUUGUCAAAGCCAUGAAAAGAAUGGAGGCAAAGAGUGGAGAUGGAGUGUUGAGUAACAAGGCGUCCAAGCUGGUUUUGGAGAUGUCCUGGCUCAAACCUUUUAUUCAGCACGGACAAACUCUAUCUCACACAACAUCUUCUGAAAAGAUGUUGACGAUGACGUCACAGAUGUGCUGUAAAUCAGUGGGAACUGAUCUGUCCAUGCUGGAUAUUGAUGAUUUCAUCACAGAAAUCUGUCAGCUGAAGAAAGAGGUGAAGUUACUGGAGGAAAAGCUGAGGACAAGAGGAGAUGAACUCAACACAGAGGUUUGGACACAUUCAACAUCAUUUACCUCAAUCACUCACACUGCUUUUAAAUGUUUGUAUUUUAAUAAUGUUUUUAAUCUCACUGUCAUAGUUUAUAUCUUUAUCUCAAUAUAUUUCCUCUCUGAACAGAAGUCCAGACACACACAGGACUCAGAGCUCAGCCUCACUUUACUCUGUUAUACUGACACAAACCCCACAGACGCUCAGGACACUGUGUGUGACAGUAAUCACACCUUGAAUCAGGAUGAAUCUACUGAUCAAACCUCCACAGAGUCUCUGGAUUCUGUCUGUAACGCUGGAGAACAGCAGAUCCUGAACACCAGACCACUGAACAUGUGUUCUGUCACACUGAUGGAGAUCAAAACAGAACCCACGUCAGAGGAAGAACACACUGAUGAAGAUGAGAAUCAUCAUGAUGAUGAUGGCGGGGAUGAUGAUUUUAUACCUUCAGGUAUGUUCUUUUUUUAUAUAGUUUUAACAAUAUAUAAAAUAACAUUGUGACCACUGACAGGUGAAGUG